AUGCGGGGACAGGACGUGGUCUGCAGCAUCGCGGGCGCAGGGAAGAGGCCGGUCCCUUCGGAGGCAUCGGGCUCGUGUGCCAUAGUUGUGCUCCCGGUUGGAUAUUCGGAUCAGCAGCUCCUCGAGGCGGUCUCUGGUGCCAAGCCCUGCCAGGCUGAUGCCCCCAUUCGGGGGUGGAGCUGGCCGCACUUCCAAGCCACCUCCAAGGCCCUCCCGCAGGGAGGGCUGCGGAUCUGCUCGCGCCCGGCGCUGCCGCCUGCUCCGGCUGUGGCAUCGCCGGCCCGCCCGGCGCCAACGCGUGUCCCCGCAGCCACCUACGUGAAGCUCUACCUGCUGGAGAACGGCGUCUGCCUCGCCAAGAGGAAGACCAAGGCGGUGAAGAAGAGCUGCGACCCGCGCUACCAGCAGGCCCUGCUCUUCGAGGAGAGCCCCCAGGGCAAAGUGCUGCAGGUGAUCGUGUGGGGCGACUACGGGCGCAUGGACCACAAGAGCUUCAUGGGGAUGGCGCAGAUCGUCCUGGAGGAGCUCGACCUGGCGGGCGCCGUGGCCGGCUGGUACAAGCUCUUCCCCCCGUCGUCGCUGGCCGACUCGAGCAUCGGGCCGCUGGCGCGCCGCCUCUCGCAGUCCUCGCUCGAGAGCUCCACCAGCCCCUCCGGCCCCUAG